AGCCGUAGCCAAAGCAAAUCGAAUCCUGAUAACCAGCAGCUGCCGUCGUGUUGUGUUUCGUAGUGUUUUUACACUUGUGCGGCCCUUGCGCUGGUAUAGCAUGGCUCUAGCCAAGGAAACUGAAACAGAGAACAUGGAAAAAUUACAUCAAGAUAACCCGUUAACGCGAAAGCUAAACAAACUCCUAGAAGUUCGUCUGGAAAACGACGAGACAACGUUGGACGCAUUGAGCUCGCUCUCCGAGUUCUUUCUGGAAAAUAAUAUACGUACACGACGCAACCUAAGGGGAGACAUAGAAAAACGCAGUCUAGCUAUCAAUGAAGAAUUUUUACAGUCUUUUCGAGAUGUGAAGGAGUCCCUCGAUGGCUUAUGCGAUGACAUCAACGCCAUGAACUCCUGUUGCAAAGACAUGAUGGACAAGCUAAACACUACGAAAUCUCAAACCAACGACUUAAUCAGUCAAACAACUAAACUGAAGGCGGAAGGUCAGCGGUUACAACAACGGUAUGAAGUCUCUCAAGCAUUUCUUGAUACGUUUCAGCUGAAACCCGAAGAGCUGAAGGUACUCCGAGGUGGCCGUGAUGGCAGUUUGGACGAUAAUUUUUUCCUCGUCCUAGCGCGGAUAAAGAAGAUCCACAGUGAUUGCAAAGUACUUCUGCGCAGCAGCCAGGCAACUGCAGGUCUGGAAAUUAUGGAAACGAUGGCGUUGCACCAAGAAGCAGCUUAUGAACGUCUUUACAGGUGGAUACAAAAUGAGUGCAGACUGUUGACGGGCGAAGCGUCCGAUUGCAAUCCCAGGCUGUGCGAAGGCUUUGCAAGUCUCGAAGAUAGACCCAUACUAUUUAAGUAUUCGCUCGACGAAUGCAGUAAUGCGAGGCGAGCAUCUGUUGUUCGAAAUUUUAUCGACGCUUUGACUCGAGGUGGACCAGGGGGGAACCCCCGUCCGAUUGAGGUCUACUCGAGAGACGCCUUACGUUAUGUGGGAGACAUGCUUGCCUGGGUGCACCAGUGCACUGCCUCCGAGAAGGAGAUGCUAGAGAACCUUCUCAAGAAGUGUGACAAAGCAAAUUUGGAAGAAGCUGUUAGAAUGGCGCUCUCCCACAUCACGGAAGGUUUGUGCCGUCCACUGAAGGUUCGAAUUGAGCAAGUCAUCGUCUCGGAAGCGGGAGCAGUAACGCUAUACAAGCUGAAGAGCCUCCUGCAGUUCUACAAGCAGACCAUACAGGGUUACUGCACGCUGUCCAGUGACUGUCCAUUGCUGCUGUGCCUCGAUGACAUGAUGACGUUGUCACAAAAGAUGUUCGACAACAGUCUCACUUGCCAUUGUAGCCAGAUGCUAGAAAAGGCCGAGCUUCCUCCAAGUGACUUGGGUCCUCCCGAAGCCCUUCAGUCCAUGUUGACGCUGAUCCGCGAUCUUCUCUCCUGCCAGGAUGCGUGUCUCGUUUCGGUAGACGACCGCCGCCAUGAUGUUCCGUCUGUUCUGGACCUGACCGUGGACCCAGCCCUGCAGAUGUGCCACCUUUCUGCCAGCAAGCUUUCGCCUGCGGACAUGGCCGUGUACCUUGCAAACUGCGUCCACCUCGUCUAUACCACUAUCACGCUCUUUGAGUUCACGGAGCCAAAGCUAGAAAUGCUGCAGGCCCAGAUGGAUGCCCAUUUGGACACUCUGGUCAGUGAACAGAGCUCUUUUCUUAUCAGCAACCUGGGCAUGAGUACUCUGUACAGGGUACUGCAGGAAAACCACCCCGGUGCGCUUUCUACGCUCCCUGGCUGCGAUACGAUUGCGGUGCGGAGCGUGGGUGCAAAACUGCAGGACUUUGUGGAAAGUCCCGACUCCUUCACUAUUCCUCAGGCCAUGCUCUUGAUAAGCUCGGUGCACAGGCAGCAGCUCAGGAAACGAGUCCUCGAAGUGCUGUGCGCGAUAUACGACACUCUUUACGGGGCUGUUAAUGAAGAGAAGAAUGGGUAUGCGGAGCCAGCAAUGUUGUUACCGCUCAGCCCAAGUGAAGUGCAGAGCAGGCUAUUGUAGUGCUUUUUCUUUUUUUUCUUCCCGUUGACCUUAAUUGUUGAAGUGGGUAAGCACAGCACAGUGUGAAAGUGGGAGUAAGUCCUUGUCUUCCCCACUAUCACGUGCCACUUUGGUCAGCACGGUGGCGCAUCAUCGUGACAAUGCAUUCCAAAAUAGGACGGUGCCGUAGUCAGGAUGGUUUUCUUUGAGGUGCAAAAUACUGGGAAGAUGGGUGCAGGAAGAAAGAAAUGGGCAAUCACCGAAAUGUAUGUGGGGGAAUAUGGCAUGGUGUAUAAAUAAAUGCUGUGCAUGCUGCCGUGUGGUAUUAGCAUGCUCGAUACAGUGCA